AUAAAACGACACAGGUAAUCGCAACCUAUUCAAUGUAGCAAAUCCAAGGUCAUUUAAAUGCAUUUCUAUAAUAACAAAUCUUAAAUAAAGAAGCAAAGCAUUUUGCCUAAAAGGUUUGGUUGUUAAAAAGUUUAAGUCUUCACUUCACAGACAAAAAGAUUAUACUAAGCCGAACAAAAUGUACAGUUCUUCAUACUGAGUGAUGGAUAUGGCGGUUUAUUAACCAGCAUUUACUAGAGAUUAUUGUAAAAAUUGUAAACAUGGUCAAAGUAAAGAAAGAGCCGCAGGACCUUAUAAUGAACACGCAUGGGAGGAGUCACGCGCACACAUUAGAAAGAGACAGACCCCUGACACGAGAGCCUUGUCUGUCUCUCUCUUUCUCCUCCAGCGAUCACUUAUAAACAGGUGAGUAGUCUAUACUGAUUCAUUAUAACUAGAAAAAAAUUCAAGAAGCCGAUGUGAAUAAAUAGCUGCAGUGGUUAAUACUUGUGCCAAUGGUUUCAUACAAGAAAUGUGCAUUUCGGUCAUUUAGAUUUGUAAAACUCCUACUUCUGUAUUUUGGCAUUGCUUAUUCGAUUAUAUGAAUUUCAUAUUUUCAUUGGAGAUUUUGGAUUGUUUCGCUAAUUUUAUUUUUAACAAACUGAGAAUAUUCAAUAAUAGCCUAUUCUUAAAUCUCCAUGUAUGCGUGCUAGCUGAAUAUAUUUAAGCUUUAUCUAUAUUCACUUUUAUAUCGAUUAACUUGAGCAUUAGUGAAGAAGAUUUUAAAUUAUUUUUCUGAAAGAGCAACUGACGAUUAUUAAACUUAGACUCGUGAGAUAAACAAUUCAAUGUAAAAGUUUGUAUUUUUGCUAAACAAACAGAUUGAACUAAAGUACAUUUAAAAUAUGAUUAAAACUUUUCAUUCUAACUCACAAUUUUAAUGAACUUUAUCCAAGUGUUGAGAUAAACUCAAUCAUGAGUGUCAAAUGAUGUUUGUCAUGUAAAUGUGUUGUUUCGUUGUUUUAAUACACAGGUCAAGUGUGCCUGUUGCUCGUUGUUCUGUGCUAGAAGAAACAAACGAGAAAUUCGACAUGGACGUCCUGAAAGAAGAAAAAGGCAACAAACACAAUUCGGCUACUGCAGGACUCUGAUUUUAUACACACCUGACCUAAUGAAAAUAGUAUUGUAGUGUGUACUGCAUUGUUUGAGAUCUUACCAAAAGUCCCUGUUCCAGACCUGCAGUACACAUUGAACAUGUACCUGAGGUCUGUGAAACAUCUCGUUUCAGAAAAGCAGUUCUGGAAAACACGAGCAACAGUGGAGACAUUUGGCAAACGUGGAGGACUCGGAGAACGACUUCAAAAACAGCUGCUCGAAAGAAGAGAUGCCACAGAGAACUGGGUGUACGACUACUGGCUGGACGAUAUGUAUUUAAGGAACAGACUUUCUCUGCCGGUGAAUUCCAGUCCUGCGCUGGUUUUCCCCAGACAAUCCUUCACAAACCAUGAAGAAUUUCUCAUGUUCACAGCACGUCUCAUUCUCAGUGUUUCUGAAUACAAGACUAUGGUGGACAGAAACCGUCUGUCGGCGGACAUUGCUCACGACCGUCAGUCUGACACUCGGCUGUGUAUGAAGCAGUAUCAGCGUCUCUUCACCUCGUACAGACGCGCUGGACUCGACAAAGACACGCUGAUCAUUGCCGACAGCACAUCUGACACUCAGCAUGUUAUUGUGGCCUGCAAAAAUCAGUUCUUUGUGCUGAAUCUGAUGAGCGAGUCCAGUCGUCUGAAUGAGGCCGAGGUUCAGCCUCAGCUCCUGUGGAUCUAUGAACAAUCGCAGAUCUCUGAUCAGAAGCAGCCGGCCGUGGGACUGCUGACCUCAGACGGCAGGACGGAGUGGAGCAGAGCCCGAGAGCAGCUGCUACGAGAUCCUGUGAACAGAGAGUCUUUGGAGCUGAUCGAGAGCUGCAUGUGCAUCGUCUGUCUAGAUGACCCGGUGGGAUUUGAACCCAGCGACGCUAACAGGGCGUCCGUGAUACUGCACGGAGGGGGUCAUGACAAAAAUGGGGCAAACCGCUGGUACGACAAACCUCUGCAGUUUGUGAUCGGUGCAGAUGGGGUUUGUGGCAUUGUUUGUGAGCACUCACCGUUUGAAGGCAUCGUCCUGGUGCAAUGUGCCGAAUAUCUCCUGAAACACAUGCACUGCAGCUCGGGUAAACCGAGCUCAGGGUGCUCUGAAUGUCCUAAUCCACGUAGAUUAUUGUGGAGAUGUUCACCUCAGAUUCAGGACAUGUUGGCUUCAGCAGGAGAUCAUCUCCAGCAACUCGUAAGGAAUCUAGACCUGAAAGUUUUUACAUUUAAACUUUAUGGGAAGGAGUUUAUCAAACAGCAGAAGAUGAGUCCUGAUGCUUACAUACAAGUGGCUCUUCAGCUGACCAUUUACAGAUGUUACAGAAAGCUUGUGGCCACCUACGAGAGCGCUUCACUGCGACGUUUCCGCGAGGGCCGUGUGGACAACAUUCGCUCGGCAACUCCCGAGGCUCUGGACUUUGCAAAGGCCAUGACGGAUGACACGAAAUCCCCUCAGAUUCAGGACACAGAAAAGAUGAAGACUUUACUGCAAACUGCCGUGGACGCUCAGACACGAAUCACAGCUCUGGUCAUUGCAGGAAUGGGCACAGACAAUCACUUAUUGGGACUGCGUGAAAUGGCCCACACUAUAAAAAUACAGACACCAGAGAUUUUCACAGAUGAAACGUAUCAAAUCAGUAAUAACUUCAUCCUGUCAACCAGUCAGGUUCCCACCGCAGAAGAGAUGUUUUGUUGCUAUGGUCCAGUGGUUCCUGAUGGUUACGGUGUUUGUUAUAACCCACAUUCUGAUCGCAUACUGUUCUGCGUGUCAAGCUUCAGAGAAUGUGAACGAACCUGUUCAGAUGCGUUUGUGAGGGCGCUGGAUCAGGGGCUUCAGGACAUGAGAGAUAUAAUACAUCCUAAACGUUCUGGUUCAUAUUAAAACAAGUUCAUCAGCUUAUAAACCAAUCGAAAUGUAAUCUUAAACACACAGUAUACAUAUUCCGAACAUUUGGAUUGCAUGUGGAUGUCAUGCUUGACAACAUUGCUGAAUAUAUAAACUAUAUUAUGCUAAUGAUAGCUGAUGAGUUCUGUAGAAGAUGAAUAAAUCUUCACGAUGACAAGAAUUGAUCUGGUAAUCCAACAAUACAUGUAUGUGAAUCCAGUUAUAAGUGUAGGCCAUUCAGAAAGAUUGUAUGCCGUUUCCAAACAAAAACUAAAUGAAAGUUCAAUAAGUGUGAAAUGUUUUGAGGUGGUAGACUGUAAAAUAAUCUACCCAAGAGUUCAUCAGCAGUAUUAGAUUCUGAAGUAACUCUCUAAAUGUUUUCAUAUAUUUAACAUCAUCUUGUUUGUUAUUUAAAAUGUUAAUAGUAUUUAUUUAUGUCUACAUGAUUCACUGUCUAUUUGACAUGCCGUAUGAUUCGUAUAUUUGAGCAGAAAUCAUACUCUUUCUACAGUAUGUCUUGUCACUGUGUUACAUGUUUUGUAAAUGUAAUUUGAAUCAUUAAAUGAACUGUAUUUUACGAUGUAUUUCUAGACAAUGUUAUUAAAACUGUGGUGGUUGUGUGGCUG